CCUGUAGUCAUUCCUCAAAUCUCGCAUCUUUAUCAGUCAGUUAGUUAACUCUCCAAAAGUCUUAAAGUUUUUAACUAGGCAAUCGCUGUUUCUUGUUCAUUUGCAAACAAGUGUUUCAACACAUCACAACAAGGAAGAGGAGAGGGCAAAUUCAAUCACAUUCCAACGAAACAUUCUUUACCAAAAAUAAUUCAAAAUGGUCAAAACUCGUGUAUAUGUCGUUGGUGUUGGUAUGACCAAAUUUGAAAAACCCGGUCGCCGUUCUGAUGUUGACUAUCCCGAUUUUGCCAAGGAAGCCAUUACAAAAGCUCUGGCCGAUGCCAAAAUCUCUUACAAUGAAGUGCAACAAGCUACUGUCGGUUAUGUGUAUGGUGACUCCACGUCUGGACAACGUGCCUUGUAUGAAGUGGGUAUGACCGGCAUUCCAGUGUUCAAUGUGAACAACAAUUGUUCCACCGGUUCCAGUGCUUUGUAUUUGGGCAAACAAAUCAUUGAGUCUGGAAAUGCCGACUGUGUAUUGGCUUUCGGUUUUGAGAAAAUGGAACGCGGUUCGUUGUCGGCUAAGUACUUCGAUCGUGCCAAUCCCAUGGAACACCACAUUUCAAUUAUGUCGGAAUUGGCUGAAAUUGGACCUGGCCCUAUGGCUGCUCAAAUCUUUGGCAAUGCCGGUAAGGAACAUAUGAAGAAAUAUGGCACAAAACCCGAACACUUUGGCAAAAUUGCUUGGAAAAAUCACAAACACUCGGUUAACAAUCCCUACUCCCAAUUCCGUGAUGAAUAUACUUUGGAACAAAUCAUGAAAUCACCCACUGUUGUCGAGGGUGUUCUAACCAAGCUGCAAUGCUGUCCCACUUCUGAUGGUGCUGGUGCUGCUAUUUUGGCUUCGGAAGCCUUUGUACAUCGUUUUGGUUUGGAGGCACAGGCUGUUGAAAUUGUUGGCAUGGAAAUGGCCUCAGAUCCCGAGUCUACCUUCAAGGACAGAUCGCUUAUGAAAAUUGCCGGUUAUGAUAUGACCAAGAUGGCUGCACAACGUCUUUUUGGCAAAUGUGGCUACAAACCCACUGAUGUUCAGGUUGUUGAAUUGCACGAUUGCUUCUCAGCCAAUGAAUUGAUCACCUAUGAAGCUUUGGGCCUCUGCCCAGAGGGUGGAGCAGGAGAAAUGAUUGAUCGUGGCGACAAUACCUAUGGUGGCAAAUAUGUCAUUAACCCCAGCGGUGGUCUGAUCUCUAAGGGUCAUCCUUUGGGUGCUACCGGUUUGGCUCAAUGUGCCGAAAUGUGCUGGCAAUUGCGUGGUUUGGCUGAAAAACGUCAAGUCAAGGACUGCAAAUUGGCUUUGCAGCAUAACUUGGGCUUGGGUGGUGCCGUAGUUGUAACCCUUUAUCGUUUGGGCUUCCCUACUGCUGCCGGUGUGAAAUACAACCUAACAUCGGCCACCCACCCUGAUGGAGAAGGCUUCAAAGUGACACCUCUUUUGAAGUUGCUGGAACAGGCCAUGCAGGAAGAUCAAGAUAAUCUCAUCGAAAAGGUUCGUGCAAUUUAUGGCUUCAAGGUAACCAAUGGCCCUGGCGGCCAAAUCGGCUUCUGGACAAUUAACGCCAAAGAGGGCAAGGGCAAAAUCACCUACAAUGGCAAGGAAAAAUGCGAUGUUACCUUUGUUAUUUCCGAUGAAGAUGUCACCGAAUUGAUGACCGGCAAAUUGCCCCCACAAAAGGCCUUCUUCCAAGGCAAGGUCAAGAUACAAGGCAACAUGGGCUUGGCCAUGAAAUUAAUGGAUUUGCAACGUUCCGCACAAGGCCGCAUUGAUGCUUUGCGUGCCAAAUUGUAAAUUGCUGUUAUUGUAAAAUGUAUUUUUGUUUAUAUCUUUUUAAAUGUUUAUGAUGAUGUGAAUAAGUUGCUCGUGGACGAGGUGAAAGUGUAUUUAGAAUAUAAGAACGUUUAUUUUUAUAUAACCUAGACUUUUAAAUAAAACAAAAUAAAUUAAA